GAGUGAUGGAGAUAACAAGUAUCUGUUGUUAUCAGGAGGAGACCAAUAGAACGUAGGAGGGUACUGUAAGGCAGUUUGCUGGUACCAUUCCUCAUCGGUUACACAUAGCUUCCCUCCUUAUCAAGUUAAGAUACAACAUGGAGGUGAGAGCGCCAAAGGAUGAUGAUCUGAACCAAGAAAAUCCUUCUGAGGGAGGUGAUGACAAAGCAUGGAUGAAAGUCAGUGACAUACCUCGGAGGUUUGAUGAAAUGCCCCAAGAAGAAGAAGAGUGGAUCCCUGUUGCAAGCAUUAUUCGUGCCCAGAGGGAAGAGACUGCAAGAAAGGAGGCAGAGCAAAACAAAAUUAGGCCACCAUUAGGGCUUCAUUUAAAUUCAGUGCCUGUACAUCAGCAAAAGCCUGUAAAAAAGAAUCCAGAACCCAAGAAAGAGGUUACAAAAGAAAUGAGCAAGAACAAACCACCAGAAAAAAAUACUAAUUUAAACACUGAAUUAUUAGUUGAAGACAGGAAGGAAUCUGAUGAAGAGAUUGAUAAUGUAACUAAGGCCAUGAUUGACUGGGGUCUUAAGGCCUCAAUCCUGUAUGAUCCAGGGAAGAGAAGAAGUAGUACUGGCCAGCUUGGUUUGAAAAGCUCUCCUGUUAGUCCAGUCAGUAAUGUGGAGAGAUUUUCAAAAAUAUCAGCAGAGAGUUAUAAUAAAAAUUAUGAGGCUAAAUACAGCUCCUCACAUUCACGAGACAAACCCGAAUACGGACAUGACCGCGAAGGCCUCCCCAGUGAUUCUUACCAAUAUCACAGGAGACGGGAAACACUCCCUGAAUUGUAUGGUAGGUCUCAUAGUCAUGAAAAUACUGAAAGGCGGCAAGCAUUCCAUAAAGAUCCUCAUUAUGAACAACGAUACCGAGAGAAUUACGCUCACAAACAAUGGCGGGAUAUUCAUCAUGAUACUGAACCAGAUAAGGACUAUGAUUAUCGUGAGCCUAAGCAAGAUUAUGAUCAGGAUCUAAGCAGAGACAAGGAUUAUGAGUACUAUCAGGAACAUGAUGGUCAAAGACAAGAAUACAGGCAAGAUUACUACAGGUACCACGACUCAGAUCCAUACUAUGAAGAAGAUCAUGAUCUUGAUCACAGACAAGAAUAUGAGCAUAAAGAACAUGAGUACAACAAAGAUGACAAAUAUGGAUAUAACAAUUACCAAGGUCACAAAAACUACGAUCAACAUUAUCAUCGUGGUCAUGACUUGGGUUACUAGGACUGUAAACCUGCUAAUGUGUACAAAUUCCUCUCUUUAAUACAACUACAAACAGCAGCUCCAUGUGGUUGAAUUAAACUUACAAAAUAAUUAAACUGCAGCACUUGGGUAUACUGUAUACAAAUAUCUUUUGCUAAGCUGAAAUGAGUUGAGCCACCAGGAGCAUAAGAGAGGUUUUUCCAAAAAGGUGACUCCUAGUGAUAAUGGAAGAUUUUACAUGAGUGAGAUCGUUAAUAGAGCUUCAGUCUUUAUGAUGAUGAAUAGGUACACUUAUCACCAGGUCCACAUUAAAACUGGAGCUCUAAAUAUCAACUUAGGUGCCAUGGUAAACCACAAAACUUUGCAAUAUUAGAAAUAAUAAUCACUUUCUUGCACUUAUGUUAUUUCCUUGUUGGAAUCUUCAAACCAGUUAUCUAAUAAUCCACAAGGGAUUCCUUUGAAAAACUUAAGGAAUAACAUAUAUGAAUCCAUUCUUACACUGUAAGUGUUACAAGUGCAGUUUUGAACAUUGCUUAGUUUUGCCCACUCACUGCGCUGCCAAAUGUGUUAUAACAGUCUUUUUAAAUUUGCUUAUUUGUUAAAUACAUGUUUUACAGGUUUAUGUAACCCUACCAUAACCUAAAGUACAAUUAAAAAAAAUUCAGUUGUGAAUAUUUAGUAACUGAGGCUGGAAAUCAUAUAUAAAAAAAAUGAAGAACGGCUGCAUAUCUUUAAUGGGUGUCCUAGGCAAUAAGAGAUGUUUCAGCAGUCACUUGAAAUAAUCAAAGCUCUUAAAGUACAGCAUGUAUAUUAAAACUAGCUACAAAAUUUCUCAUAUCAGUAAAAUUAUUUAGACUGCAUUAUUAUUACAUUUAUGGGGAAAGUGCUAAACCCAUAGAGGUCAUAGAGAGCCAGGAGAAUGGCAGGUAUUUAGACUCACCAGCAUCAAGGAAUCUUCAUUAUGGAAUAUUUAGCUUAAAAAAGAUAACUGUAUAUUCAUAGCAUGAAUAUUUGGUUGAUAAAAAUAAUUCUUUUCCAUGGGGAAGUGGAACAGAAUUCUUCCUCUGUAAGCUAUGCGUGUCAUAAGAGGUGACUAAAAUGCCAGGAGCAAGGGGAUAGUAACCCCUUCUAUUGUAUAUAUGACUAAAUGUAAAAGGAGAAACUUUGGUUUUUCCUCUUGGGCCGCCCUGCCUCAUUGGGAUACAGCCAGUGUGUUGAAAGAAAGAAAAAUAAUUCUUUUGCUACUGCAUUAAGAAUGACUCUUAACCCAACUAAUAAAUAAAAUUUCAGUGCUGUAUUUAAUUUUUUUUAUAUGUUGUAGUUAUCAACAAAUAUAUGGGUAUUUUUUAUUUCAACACCAGCCGUCUCCCACUGAGGCAGGGUGAUCCGAAAAAGUAGAGGGGAAAGAUUUUUUUACAUUUAGUAAUUUAUACAGAAGGGGUUAAAAACAGUAUUAUAUGUGAUUUUAAUUAAAUGAGAAAAAUGUGAAAAAGACAUAUUUUAUUAGAUAGUAAGUCUUAGAAAGUCAAUACAAUAGUAUAUUGUGUGGGGUUAGUAGUUUUCUUGUAUUUCUUGUGGUAAUACUGUAUAAAAGCAUUUAUGUACUUUGGAUAAACAGUACAAUAUUAUAUCUUGAGAAGGUUUGAAUACCUAUUAAUGCUAAUGAUUUUUCUCUCAUAUUUAUUUCCUAUAACAUAUACUUAUAGUAGUUGGGAAUUAGUGGUGAUAUAGAAUUAACAUGAAUUUCUCUUAUAUAUCAAUAAUAAAGAUCACAUAUUUAU